AUGGUAGAACGCAAUGGUAAAACGCCACCAGGACCCGUUAACAAUGGCAACGACACCGAAAACCAAGGUGGGUGGGGAAGUUGCGGUUCAACCAAUGGUAAAACGCCAGCAGAUCCUGUUGAGAAUGGCAACAACAACCAAUGUGGGCAGCGAAGUAGCGUUUCAACCAAAGUUACACGCCACCGGAUCCUGUUGAGAAUGGCAGCGACACCGACAACCAAGGUGGGAAGGGAAGUGGUAAUUCAACCAAUGGUAAAACGCCACCAGGUCCUGGUGACCAUGCCAACCACAACCAAUGUGGGCAACGAACUGGCGUUUCAACGAAUGGUAAAACGCCACCAGGUCCCCCUGAGAAUGAAAACGACACCGACAACCAAGGUGGGCGGUGAAGUGGCAAUUCAACCAAUGGUACAACACCACCAGGUCCUGGUGACCAUGCCAACAGCAACCAAUAUGGGCAACGAAAUGGCGUUUCAACCAAUGGUAGAACGCCACCAGGUGCCGUUGACAAUGAAAACGACACCGACAACAAAGGUGGGCGGGAAAGAUGCGGUUCAACCAAUGGUUAAACGCCACCAGUUCCCGUUGAGCAUGGUAACGACACCGACAACCAAGGUGGGAAGGGAAUUGGCGGCUCAACGAAUUGUAUAA